AUGAUGAAACUAUGUCAACUGCAGCUGAAUCACUUGACAAAGUAGUGGAAAAACUCCCUUACCAACAACUUGAGAAAUGUUCCUCAAGCGAACUUGGUUCGCAAAGAUCUUUGCUUCAUUCACUUCAUGGUGAAAUUGGUUCGGUUAAGCGCCGACUCAGCACUAUUCACGAUGCUACUCAAACCAUAGCGGGAAAAAUAAAUGACUCGUCAAAAAGUGGAAUUGAAAAUGCUGCUCAUAGAAUUGAACAAAGAUGCGAUGAAUUAUCAGAUAAAACAGAAAACAAACUCGCAUCAGUGAAAGAAGAAAUACGAUCCCGAGAAACUUUAAAUGCGGAGUUGAGAGACAUGCUUGUAUGGGUUGAAGAGAUGAGAGAAAGUGCUGAUCGGACAUUAGAUCUAACACCAGCUCCUGCUCAUGUUCAAGAUAAGAUUGACUCACUGAAACAGUUAAAAGAGCAACUGUCGAACAAGGAAGCUCAUUUUAACACAAUCUCUGAAGAUCAAAGACAGAAGUAUUUGCACAACUAUGCCCUCCUACCUGUUGAACUAUCAUCUACCAUUGCUAAAAUAAGAAUUGCUUUGGCAGCUUUACAUGAAGAACUCAAAAAUAAAGAAGCGGAGCUUGAACAAGCGCGACAUCUUCGUGAAGAUUAUCACGACGAGCUGAUGAAAAUAUCGGAAAAUUUGGUCAAAAUUGAAAUGAAACUUUCAGAGCAUCCUUCAGAUAUGAAUGUAUCUGAGAAAAACCAAAAGACGGUAAACAGUGAGCUCGAUGAAUGCCAUGUGAGGCUCGUCAAUCUUGAUGCUGUGGCCCAAGAAAUCGCUGAUCAGACAAGUCAUCUUGGCAGCAAAGCCUCACUGAAUGCAGCAGUCAGUGCAGUAAAUGAUCAUUAUGUUAGAGUACAAGAGAUGGCUGAUGCACAAGUCCAACUAACCAACCAAGCAUCUGUAUAUAUUGAUGGUUUGGAUGAAAUGGCUGAUUUCUUAAGUGAAUGGGUGGGUAAGGCUAAGAAUGCAAUAGCUGGCCCUCUUUCUGUCCUCGAUUCUAAAGAUGCAAGACGACAACUGAGAGAAAACAAGAAUCUACGAGAUCAAUUGCGCCGGUUAAAGGAUGAGAUCCUCCGGAAACGGGAGCGUCUUCCCGCAGCUCUUCCUCCCGCAUCCACAGCAAUCUUCCAUCAGAAGAUUGAUCGGAUGUUAGAAGAUUGCUCUCUUGUGGAAGCAAAGAUCCGAUCUCGAGAGGAAGAACUCGCGAAUGCUGUUUCCGUGGCAACAGAGAUGGAGGAAGAAGUCGCCUCCAUUGCUAAAGCUGUUGCUGAUCUCCGCGCAUCUUCUUCUGCUCCUGAUGAUAAGAUCUCCAUCCUGGAUCAGAUUGAGAAGAAGAGGAGAAUAUUAAGGAGACUUCAACUAUGGAGGGAAAAGUUGGAAGAAGUGAAGAAUAAUCAUCCUUACCAACUCUCCCCAUCACCUUCACCAAGGAAAAGAUACGAGGCAGAGGAUAAACCUUAUGACGUGAAUGUUGACGUUCCAAAACUUGCCCUCCAUACACUAAGAGAACCUGUGCAUGCCGUGAAGGUGGCUGAUGAUUUGGAUUCACAGAUAGAUGACGUGGAAAUGGAGGUCACGGCUCAGUUGUUGGAGUUGGAGGCGUUGGCUCGUGAUCAUGACGCAUAUGAAGAUGAAAUAAGUCAUCUGGAUGCUCAGCUUAAGGAAGCAAAGAGAAAAUUGGACGAUCUUACAUCAGCAAGAAAACCAGGAUCCUCCAGAACCUCCACUCCUCGGGAUGCGCGGGAACAACUUGAUCAAUACAGGAAGUUAACAGACGAUGUUGAAAAGUAUGAACGCCAAAUCGAAGAAUUACGAAAACGAGCUCAAGAAGACCAAGAGCAGAAAUACGAUGACAAUGAUGAUGAUUCUGUUGACGGAGGAUGGAGACAACAGUCUCCACGAUCAGUGAGAAGCAUUCCAUUAUCCGACACCCCAAGAGCUGAAUCCCCUCAAACUAUUCAUGAAAACAUAACACCCAAUACUGCAAACCGCCUCCGAGAUUCCUCGAGUGACUUUGAUUCCAAGAUGUUGGCUGCAACGGCUAACGUACCAAUUUCCCCGAAGCGAGACGGAUCAGCGUACCGCCAUUACGUAUCACCAGGGUCGUCAUCUACUCGUCUCCAGCUUGUAGAUCUACUGGAUGAUCAGUUGAACCGAGAGUCGCAAGGUUCAAGUCCCUGCUACUCCCCUCAGGCUCUUACUUCAAGCAAAUCAAACAUAUCAACCUGCAGCACCAACUCCUUAUUAUCCCCAAGACUUGCAGAGAUAGGGUUGGUCAAGUCAUCACCUGAACCUUCACCUCAUGUUAUGCCUGUAUUGGAUGAAGAUACCAGAGAAUUCAUUACUCCACAACCAGUAGCAUCAAGCACACCAUACCUACCAAGGCGAAGCAAAAGCUCAUCAAAAUCUCCUGAAGAAAAAGUGGCCAAACUUGACCAGUCAUGGAGCAAGUUGAAGGAUGAGUUGGGGGAACAAGCACAGUCCCUCUUAUCAACCUUGAAAGACCAUGAUGAUCUUCAAAGUGAAAUACAAGCAGCAACAUCUAAACUAGAUGAUUUCCAAGACCGACUUGACGACUCUGAUCAUGUGACAAGCUUACAAACAAUGCUGGCCAACACACAGGAGCUGCUUGACGAUAUCAACUUGUUUAUCCCUAAACUUGAGAAUAUUGAAAGAAGAGUCAGAUUCCUGGCAAAAAAUGACACAGCAAGAGAAGCUUUCAAUGCUACUGUGUCUGUUCUAUAUGAUAGAUGGGAUACUGUGAGAAUGCAAACUACUUCAAAGCAAAACGCUGUAGAGAUUAAGAUAUUAGAAGAAGAGCAGUAUAAACGUAUGGUACAAGCUUAUAAAGCUGAGCUACAGCAAGUCACUGAAUGGAUGGAAGAAGCAAAACAUCAGCAUGAUAAAACACCUUCAUUAUCAGACACAAGUGUGACACGGCCUUCUUCAGCUGGAAGUUCAUCUGUAGCUUCAAGCAACAUGACCACAUUGCAUUUGCAACUUAAGAAAUGUAGAAACACAGUUGUUGAUAUCGAAAGGAAAUUGAAGCUGUUAUCAGAACUCAGCGGCAAGUCGGUUCGACGUCGAACAUUGUCUAUGACAUCACAAUCAUCGAACGAUGACUCAGCUCGUUCAUCUUCCACUGUGACAUCAUCAAACGUAGCUAACUCGCUUCAUUCAUUGGAUAUCAUGGCAUCUCGUAUUAGAAGGCCUUCAACAGCAUCUGGUCUGCCUUGUUUGAAGGAGUUACUUUGUGAGCGGAGUUCAAUGCUUACCAUCCCAGAUGAGGACGGACAAGAACUCCUCCAGAAACUUGAUGAAGUGAAAGGAGAUCUGAUGCAGCUGCAGAAGAUGACCAAGAACCGAGAGAAAAACUUGCAGCAUGCACUAGAUACAAAGGAUAAAUCAGAAGAAGAAACUCCACAGAAUAUUGAUAACUGGCUGGACUCAGUACAGAGUGAAGUUGAAACCCCAACUGCCCUUCAAAGAAGGUUAUCAUCUGAUCUACAAAUGCAUCAAGAAGACUUGGAAGAUGUUGCAAGAGCUGGAGGAAGAAGCAGAUCUGUUUCUCAAGAUUCCUUCCGACCACCGAGUAGUCUCUCUACUGUGGAUGAGGUAGACAGUGAUUUAAAAUGGAGGAAAUUACGAGAAAAUUUGGAACGAAAGAUGAAAGAUUCUGAAGAACUGUCACAUCUUAGUUUGACGCAGAAAACAUACAUGACGUUAGGAUUUGCGCAAGAUUUAGGAGAAAAUACAAGUGUUCAUCAAAUCAUGGAUAAUCUGAGGGAACUAAAGAUAAAAUGGAACACCAUGGAAGGUGGUUCAGCUUGUAGAGUUAUCGACCAGCAAUCACAAGACCAAUUCAAGAUUUUAUCUGAUUGGCUGAGUUUUGUGGAGUUUAAUAUUCUGCUUCCUGAUUGGUCAAAAGAAGUUGAUGCUCAAAUUUUGAAUCAAGCAGAUGAUGUAAAAAAAUGUUUGGAAGAGCUAAAGAAAGUUUGCAAAGUGCUUACUGGAUCCAAUGUACUGGUUGACAAUAAAAGUGACGUCCAUAGAAGCUUGUGUUCACUGACCAACCGAAUCAGAUCUGUGAAGAAACAAGUUGAUGAAUAUAAAGUUGAAACUCAACGAAGGAAAGAUGAUUGGAGAAACAUACAGGUUGAAUUAAAAGUCGGGAUUUCAAAAUUAACAUCAAUUGAAAAGUCGGUUGAUGAACUACCAGCAAGUGAAAAAAGAAUGGAAACCUUGGCCAAAUAUAAAGAUGAAAUUAAUAAGUUAAACUUGGAAAGAUUAACCUCCCAAGCCAACCAGUUUGCAAAUGGUGGCUUCCCUCAGCACACUUGUGACUCCCAACAACUUGAUGAAAUGCGGAGAAACUUGUUGAGAAAAAUCCAACGUCUGAUAUGUGAAUGUGAAUCACAGCAUAGAAUGCACAUUUUCACUGCUAAGAUUGUUCAAGACUUUGAAGAUGUUUUAGAAACUUUGUCGCUGAAAAAUGACACAGAAUGUCAAUCAAGUAAUGACCUGGAUGAUUUAAAAGGCAAACUAACUUCAUGCAAGAAUCUAUUGCAAGCAGCAUCACAGCAGCGGCAGAUCGCUCAAGAAAGUUUAAAACAUUUUCCCCAUCCAUUUGCUGAAGAUGACACGUUGAAACUGCAAAACUUAAUGGAGAGACAUGAGGAUGUUGAAAAAUCUUUGAAACAAAAUCUUGGUUUAAUUGAUUCUCAAAUAACGGAAUUGGAGAACCUUGAAUGUGAAGUGAACCUCAUUAUAUCAGAUGUGGAUGAUGCAGAGAUAUCCUUCCUUGAAUUGGAAGAUUACCAACUUGAUGCAGAUGAUGUGAAAAAGAUUAAAUUGCUCCAAGGAUUCGGUGCAAGAUUAGCUGAAGAUCGUGAAGCAUUACAAGAGGCAUGCAAACAGAACAAAAAUGAAAGUGGGAAACCUUUAAGUUUGGAUUUGGAAUCCAGAAUAAAUGAAAGUUCUGGAAAAUGCCUCAUAGUUUCAACUAAAGUCAAUUCUGAGAUUCAAUGGCUUAAACGUUUGCAACAAAGUUUGGAAAAGUUUGAACCUUUGUUUGAACAAUUAUCAACUUGGAUGGAAAAAUCUUUCCCCAGACUUUCUGAGAUGUUUAAUUUCCUGGAGAGAAUAGGAUGGAAAAUAAGCCUUGAUAAGAUGACCUCUUUUAACUUGGAGUUCCAUCGUGCAUGCAUGACCAAGGAUGUUGUUGUAAAACUUGCUGAAGAAUUGAAUAGAACCUUGAAACCAUCCAGUGUGGAAUGUUUCAACCGUAGGGUGGAAAAGUUAAAACAAUAUUGGGUUUCUUUGGAGGCUGAAAGAGAUGAAGUUUACAGAAAAGUAAUAAAAAAACAGAAGAAAGAUUUAUCUACUUCUGAUUUGGCAACACUUAUGUCUGAAUGGAUUUUUAUGGUCAACACUGCUCUUGAUCGUGAGAAAUUAGCAGGAUAUGAUGUGAUUGGAACUGAAGCAAUCAAAAAUCAACUUGUUAUUUAUAAGAGCUACCAAGCUGAAAUUGCAUUCCGGCAAGAAACUGUAGAAUUCUUACAAAAACAUGAAACAUCUGAAGUUAAAUUUGAAGUUGAAACCAUUGUUCGACAGUUUGCGUUACUAAUAAUUCGGCUGAAUGAAACUGUCACACAAGCUGAAUCUGAAUAUGAGAAAUGGGAAGCUCAUGAAAAUGAGAUAUCUGCCCUGCAAUCCUGGAUGGAUGAACAUUUACAAAUGCAGAAUGAUGAAAUAUCAAUCAAACUUGGCUCACCACUUGAAACUAAGGCUAAGCUGUCGGAAAAGUUUAAAUUCGAGGCAAAAUUAAAAUCAAAGUACCAUCAGAUUGUGAAACUGGAGAAGAAUUACAAAAAUUUGGUGUUUGAUAAAAAUGCUGAUUUCAAACGUGCAUCACCAGUUCCAGGGCUUGGGAGUUCAAGUCUUGGUGAGUUGCACCAAACAUGGACCAUUCUGGAACAUUCCCUUGUUUGUUUGAAGAAGGAACUCAAUAAAUCGCUCAACUUAUGGAACAGAUAUCAAUCUGCUGAAAGUAUCGCUUUCAACUAUAUAAAGACUGCUGAGUCAGCAUUAAUGGAUGAUGAGUCGAUGUUUUCCGAAAUGGACCGAAAGAUUGCAAAACUGGAAGCCACACAACAAAACCUCCAAGGUCAAAAUCUUCAGAUUCAACUUCUUGCAGUAGAAGCUGAUUGCAUCAUCACACGUUGCCAUGACAACGCAGCAGCUGCAACUAAACAACGACUUGCUGCACUUGAAUCAAGGUGGAAUGAUGUAACAUCCAGGUUGUCAUCACGAAUAACUCAACACAAAGCAACCCAACAGACUAUGAAUAAAUUUAAUGAAGAAUUUGCUUUUACUGAGGCAAGAAUGGAAUCAAUCAAAGCAACUUGUGAAGAGAUUGGAUCAAUGAAAACAAUAAUCAAUGAUCCAAAUGCAACUCUCAUAAAAGCAGAGAACUUGCUUGAAAAUGCUGUCGCUCUCGCCAAACAAUUUGAAGAGUUAGAAAAAGUCCAGCUCAACAAAAGUGAUUCACAUCAUGGUAUGAACAUUGAAAGCACCAUGCGGACUAUGAGACUUGCUACAUCCAUUGACUGUGUAUCACGUGAAGCUCAUGAUACGUUUUCACGAGUUUAUGACUUGGCUCCAAUUGCUGAAAAGUUUGCGGACAAACUUGGGUACUUAGAAACCUGGCUCACAAAUUUUGUGUUUCUGGAUAAAGUUGCUGGGAAGGAAAGAAUUGAACUGGAGGGGAAGAUAGAAAGUUGCAGAGCAAGAUUGCAAGCAUUUAAAGCAUAUGCUGGAACCAUUGACCAUGUUAACAUGCUAUCAUGUGAGUUACCUUUAGCAGCACCACACAUCAAACGCUUGCAAGAACUUAACCUAAAGUGGAAGGAAAGCUUGAAGAAGACUGUUGUAGAGUUUGCCGAUGUCCAGCAUGCAUUAACUGAGGUGUUGGAAUUUGAAGAUAAAUGUGAGAACUGGAUGUUGUUUGUGGCUCAAAGUGAAAGAAGUUUGGUCGCUGAUGUUGCAUGCUCAUAUGAGGGGCUGCUGGAACAAGCAAGGUCGUAUGAUUUGUUGUUAAUUGAGAGCGGGGCAAGACAACAGUUAUUAAGAUCUAUUAUUCAAAGUGGAAAUGAACAAGUAAGAAGUGGUGCCAUGCAUCAAAGUGAGGAAAUCUCUCAGAAGUUAAGUGGGUUGGAAUCCCAGUGGAAAUCAGUUUUAAUCAAAGCCAGACAACGGAAAUCAGUUGUCCAUUCAUCACUACAAGUAUGGGGUGAUUAUGAAGGGGAAUGUAGAAAGGCACAAUGUUGGCUUGUUGAUGUCAAUCUUGAAAUGCAACCACACUCCAUUAAUACUCUCAAGUGCAACCUAUUUAAACUAGAGGACACAGAUGAAAAGAUAAAGCGAUCCACUAAUGAAGUAUUAGAAUCAAGUCGUGAAGUGGUUGGCUUGGUAACUGGUGAAGCUCAUUCAAGAUUUUGUAGAGAAGUUGCUUCAAAACAACAUAAACUGAAUGAACGAACCAAAGCAAUUAAAAUUCAAAAGAGGCAAAUAUUAGACUUCUUGAUGGUUUGGAAUGAUUGUGAAUACGGGGUUGACGAAGUGAUGGAGUUGAUGAGGGAGACAAGAGAGUUGCUGCUUGGAAAGAUUCCUUCAGAGCAUGAGAACCUCCAUGGGGACCUCAUUAAGUGCAGGGAUCGGGAGAUCAUGUUUGAGAUGGGGCAAGUUAAGUUGGAUCGUAUUCGCUCUUGGAUGAAGAAGAUCAAGGAAGAGAUGAAAGGUCCGGAUGUAAAGUUGCUGCAGGAGAGAGUUACCUUGGCAACCACUUUGUGGAACGAACUUCUACAACAAACAACAGACAGGAAGAAAUUUGUUGAUAGUUGCCUAACAGAAUGGAAUCAGUUUGACGACCAAUAUCAUGAGCUGUGUGAUUGGUUGUGUGGAAUAGAGGCAAAGGUUUCCAUGGCAACAGAUGGUUCAAUUAACGACUUGAUUGGGGAGUUACAACAGACAUACCUUGAUGAUAUGACUGAGAAGAGAGAAACGUUGAUGAACCUCGCUUCAAAGUUGGAUGGGCCUAAUACUGGAUCGGCAAGCGGUCGAAAGGAAAGGCGAUAAGGUGGAAGAAAAGUUAAAGGAAGGAUAAAUACGAGGUGGAAGUUUCUGGAAACGAUGGUUCAUGCAAGAAACUAAUUUAAGCAUUAGUUGAAAUGUCUGAUCAAACUCAAGCGGUUGAUGCGGAAAAAAUUGCCCGACAGCGUGCACACGAGUACGCACAUACCUUCUCCGCAGAACAGAAGGAAAAACUGGAAAACUACAAAGCGUGGGCGACUGAUUACAACACAGACGUAACGGCAUUGGAGUAUACUGCACCUAAACACUGCGUAGACUUAAUCCUUAACGCUGUAAACAAACAUUCGGAAAUUUCAAUGAAUUCUUCCGUUGUGGACUUCUGCUGUGGAACAGGACUUGUAGCGAAUCGACUUCGCUCGGUUGGAUUUACAGGCCCAAUAGACGGAGUUGAUGGUUCGGACGCCAUGUUGGAUCUGACUGAUGGUGUUUACAGAAACACAUUUUGUCAAUUUCUAGAUCCGGGAAAAAAUCUGCCGGAAAUGCUGUCGUCUUCACAGUACGACGUGGCCGUGAUGGCCGGUGGUUUCGGGCCGGCGCAAGUCGACGCGGGUUGCUUAAAACACCUUAUCAAUGCGAUAAAAAUCGGCGGGGUCUGCAUUUUUAGCACAAGAACCAACCGUUGCAGUUCGGAAUUUUCGAAGAAGCUUGACAAUGAACUGACGAAGUAUGUGCAUAGUGACGUCAUAGUUAUAGAUGAGCUACGUAAUAUUGAUAAAUUUGAACUCUCAUCCUUCCCGGAAGAAAUGAAAGAAACAAGAUACAUUCCUGGUGUCGCGUAUUGCUUAUUGAAGUUAAAACCUAUUACGGAAGAAACAUAAUUUGAUUUUACUGGUUACCAAUAAAUACAAUUCGUUUAUAUUAUUCAUCGUACUUUAUAUAACUAUGAAACCAUAUCUUCACGACUCUAAAUGAGUGUUGGUAAUUAUUAAAACACGAUCUAGGAAAGAUAUGGUUUAGGUUCUAACGGUAACCGUCUUACCCCACAGUGGUAUACAUAACUAUAUCCUCACGACUCUAAAAGAGCGCUGUUACUAGAUUAGGUAAUAUAGAUAUUAUGUGCCAACGGCAUUCGUCUUACUUCACAGUACUAAAAAAGUAACUGUAUGUUCGCUGUUUCCAGUAUGUAUAUAAAAAAUAAAAUACUUGGGUGUUUUUAUUGU